UCCUCUCUCUCUCGCCCUGUCUCUCUCAGUGUGUUAUUCCUGCUCUUCACUCCGGCACCUGAACGUCUCUCAGUCAUUACAGGGGUGUGUCCCCUCUCUGCGUCCAACAUGGACACAUUUUUCCGCCGUCACUUUAAGAGGAAGGAAGCUGCUCUGCAGGCGGAUGUCGAGGCCAGAUCCCAUCACCAGCGCAGGCCCAGUGUGGCUGUCCCAACCAGUAAGGCCCGCCGCAGGUCCAGUGUUGGGCUUCCAUCCUCCACCCUGACCCAACGAAGGCGGUCCAGUGUCCAGCUGCAAGCCGGGCUGCCUUGUGCAGGUGGGGGGAUUUUGACAAAGACGUCUAGACGCAAGGGGCAGAAGGGGCAGGUUCGCAGGCGCUCCAGUACCACCACUCCCAGAGUCAACCCGAGGUUUGCUGUGCGUCGGAAGAAGACGGGGAAGCUGCGGACCAUCGACACCCACCUGCUGGGGCCAUCCAUACUGUUGGCCAGUCUGAUCCAAAUGACUGAGGAGGAAGAGGAGGGGCUGGAGGAGGGGCUACCUACUAGGGAGCAGCAGGUGGAAAUGAGGGACGGGGCCAACAGGGGAAUGUUUUCACGCUCCAGUAGCCUCCAAUCAGAUGGAAAUGAUGACGACAGCAAUGACUCCACCAGCAGUGAGAGCCAAUCAGAAUCCAGUGAGCUGUCGGUGGCGGAGCAGCUGGAUGAGGAGGAGGAGGAGGAGGAUUCUUCCUGGGCCCCUGAUCAGAAUCCCUCUCCAUCCUCCAACCCCUCCUUGCCCGAAAUGGAGGUGAUGAGAACAACGCCCCAGCUGGUGUCAACAUCACGGCCCCAGAUCUGGGCCCCUCGCUGCCUCCGCAGGAACUCCUCUCAGGUGUUUUUAGGAGACUCUGCUCCUCCCAGCCGUUACACUGCCUCCACUCAGAGGAAGAGAAGAAGGAUCUCCACAAUCUCCAAAGCUGGGAGCCCCUGGCCUGGAAGGGGCCUCCCACUGCCAAGUCGUAGAACUUCAGUCUACUACCUCAACCACCCGGCCUUCCAGAGGGGCCCUGGAGCCCUCAGCCCGCUAGGGGCCCACAGUUACGACUCCCGUCUGGAGACUUGGAGUUCCCUCCUGCUAAAAGCCGUUGCAAAGUCAGGACUGCAGCACGUGGCGACUCAGCCCAGCGUGUCAACGUCCGCUCAGACCGACCUGCCACGAGAGCCCAGCAGCUCCGUCGACUGGAGCGAAAAUGCCCAGUUCGGUGAGCACAUCUGGUUUGAGACCAGCGGCUCCGGAGACUUCUGCUACGUGGGCGAGCAGUACUGCAUCGCCAAGUCUCUGCAAAAGUCGGUGUCGAGGAAGAAAUGUGCAGGGUGUAUGAUUUCAGUCCACACCAUGUGCAUGGAGCAGCUGGAAAAGAUUAAUUUCAGGUGCAAGCCGUCGUUCAGAGAACCAGGAUGUCGAGCUGUUCGAGAGUCCAAUGUUGUGCGACAUCACUGGGUCCACAGGAGGCGGCAGACGGGGAAGUGUCGACAGUGUGGGAAGGGAUUCCAGCAGAAGUUUUCUUUUCACAGCAAAGAGAUCGUUGCCAUCAGCUGCUCGUGGUGCAAACAGGCGUAUCACAACAAGGUCACAUGCUUCAUGCUGCAGCAGAUUGAGGAGUGUUGCUCUCUGGGAGCUCAUGCUGCUGUCAUUGUCCCUCCAACCUGGAUCGUCAGGGUCCGCCGGCCCCAGACGUCUCUAAAGUCCAGUAAAAAGAAGAAAAGGACGUCGCUGAAAUGCAAUAAGUCCAGCAAGAAGGGAGCUGAGCUCCAAGACGGCCGCUGGAAACCCUUCCUGCUGAAGCCCGUGCCCUCUCCGCUCAUGAAGCCUCUGCUGGUCUUUGUAAACCCGAAGAGCGGCGGGAACCAGGGAGCGAAGAUCAUCCAGUCCUUCAUGUGGUACCUGAACCCUCGUCAGGUGUUUGACCUGACCAAGGGUGGACCCAGAGAGGGACUGGAGCUGUUCGCUAAAGUGCCGAACCUAAGGAUCUUGGCCUGUGGAGGAGACGGAACAGUCGGGUGGAUCUUGUCAGUUCUGGACCAGCUGAAUAUUCGUCCUCAGCCUCCUGUUGCUAUCCUUCCUCUAGGAACCGGCAAUGACUUGGCCAGAACUUUAAACUGGGGAGGGGGUUACACCGACGAACCGAUAACGAAGAUCCUCUCGCACGUCGAGGACGGAAACAUCGUCCAGCUCGACCGGUGGAACCUGAACGUGGAGGCGAACCUGGACGCCCGGCUGGAGGAGAGGGGGGAGGAGCCUCAGACCGACAGACUUCCCAUCGACGUCUUCAACAACUACUUCAGCCUGGGCUUCGACGCUCGCGUCACACUGGGAUUCCACGAAUCCAGAGAGGCAAACCCCGAGAAGUUCAACAGCCGCUUCAGGAACAAGAUGUUCUACGCCGGGACGGCCUUCUCAGAUUUCCUGAGUAGGAGCUCGAAGGAUCUCACCAAACACAUCAGAGUGGUGUGCGACGGCACAGAUCUGACGUCCAAAGUCCAGGAGCUGAAGCUUCAGUGUCUGCUCUUCCUCAACAUCCCCAGGUACUGUGCAGGCACCAUGCCGUGGGGUCACCCCAGCGAGCAUCACGUCUUUGAACCGCAGCGUCACGACGACGGUUGCAUCGAGGUCAUCGGCUUCACCAUGACAUCGCUGGCCACGCUGCAGGUCGGAGGUCACGGCGAGCGCCUCCUCCAGUGCAAGGAAGUGACCCUGACCACGUUUAAGUCCAUCCCCAUGCAGGUGGACGGCGAACCCUGUAAACUGGCUCCGUCCGUCAUCCACAUCAGCCUGAGGAACCAGGCCAACAUGGUGCAGAAGGCCAAGAGGAGGAUCUCCAUGCCCCACCUCAACGAUCAGCAGCCCAUCCCUGAGAAGCUGCAGAUCACAGUGAACAGGAUCAGCAUGGCGGCGUACGAGGCUCUUCACUACGACAAGGAUCAGCUGAAGGAGGCCGCAACGCCGCUCGGCGCGAUCACCGUCCCCGGAGACAGCGACCUGGAGACCUGCCGCCUGCUCAUCGACCGUCUGCAGGACAGCGUGGACCAGGGCUGCAACUCGAUGAGGACAGAUCGUUUGUCCUCUCACAAACUGUCCAUGAAGUGGUGUUUCCUUGACUGUACAACUGCGGACCGCUUCUACAGGAUUGACCGAGCUCAGGAGCACCUGAACUACGUGUCAGAGAUCUCUCAGGAGGAGCUGUACAUUCUGGACCCUGAGCUGGUCGUCAAGGAGACGGUGGGCUCCUCCUCUGGGAUGCCGGACCUGGUGGAUUCAGAGGAGUUCGCCCUCCCCCACUCCUCGUCCUCACCCACCACCUCAGUCAUACCCAGGGUCAGAGAGUUUCAGAGGAGGAGAAUUUCCAGUGACAGUUCUGUGGCCGACGCUUUGUCUCAGAGCUCGUGUAAGACUGCCCUCUGCAGAAGAGGAGCAAAGAUCCAACGCUCCAACACCAGCAUCGUUCAUUUCACACACAUCAGUAGUCCUUCCUCGGCUGCGUCACAUGACCCCGACAAAGUGGACCAGUUGAUUGGCUGCGUCCACAGUGACGACCUGCACACACUGAUGACGCUCCACCAGCAGGGGGCAGACCUCCUCCUGCAGGACAGCAGCGGCUGCACGCUGCUCCAUCACGCCGUGCAGGUCGGCAGCGAAGACAUCGUCAGUUACCUCGUGGACAACGUCCCGACGUCUCACCUGGACGUGACGGAGAAAGAGACUGGUGACACGGCGCUGCACAAGGCUGCCACCUACUGUCAGAGGAGCAUCUGUCACCUGCUGGUGGAGGCCGGGGCGUCGCUCACCAAGACGGACCUGCAGGGUGAGACGCCUAAACAACGCGCUGUGGAGGUGGACGACCUGGAGCUCGCCGAGUACCUGGAGAAACAUAAUCACUACCAGAUGAUCCAGAAAGAAGACAAGGAGACAGCUGUCUGACCUGCUGUCUGCCCUCCACCUUCUGUCUGUCUGUCUGUCCUGAGGGCCGAGCGUGAAAUAACAACAUAUCAGCUUGUCCUUCUUCUCUGCGGAGACACCGCUAACGUGUCUCUUGCUGUGGAUCCCGUGUGUGUGUGUGUGUGUGUGGAUGUCUGUCCCUUAAGAAGAAGCAAAAACCCCGUGGACUCUGGCGUGGACUCACGCGCAGAUCGGUAAAUGUGUUCCUGUGACGUCUGUCCACGGCGAAACAAUGUCUCCAUUCGUCCGUCUGCAGCCGAACGCGGUGGACAUCACACGGGGUGGGGGCGUCCCCGUUACCCUGGCGACAAUAAGUGUUUGAAAUGUAACUUAAGCAAAGAUGAAGUGAAAUAUUUAUGGUUUAUUUGUAGAAGAGCAGUGUAGAUAUUUUGUCUGUUACAUGAAUGUAAAGCAUGGUGACGUGUGUAGACGAGACUUUUGUCUCCUAUCAAUGACUGCGUGAUAACGACAGUCACACUGGGUUAACACUAUAUGAUAAUGGAUCAGUAACUGUUCACUGCUUGGUUUUGACAUUUCUGAGUGACCUGUGAAUAAAGCACGUCAGAAACACAC